AUGUCAGAUGAAGAAGAAUAUAAAAAACAAUUAGAAAUACAGAGACGUAACUUUGAAGCACAAUUUGGAUCAAUAGAAGAUUUAGGAUUUGAAGAUAAACUGAAAGGGAAAAGUUCAGAGAGUGAAAGUGAAAAUAAUAGUGAAUCUGAAUCUGAAACAUCAGAAUCUGAUUUCGAAGGGUUUGAUCCAGCAUCAGAAAUUAAUGAACCUAAAGUCAUAAAGUUAAAUGAUUCAUACACUCCAACACCUACAAUAUCUAAAAGAGACAAAAAGAUACUAAAAUAUGGUAAAAUUCCAACUGUUGAAGAAAUAGAUAAACGUGAAAAAUUAGCAGAGCUGAAGAAGCCAAAAACUAAUGAAGACAAUGAUGAAAAUUUACAAAAUGAUUUGAAAUUACAAAAAUUGUUAAAAGAGUCACACAUCCUAACUAAUACUUUAGAAUACUCAGGCGCUGAUUUAACUUUACAAACUAUAGAUUUUGAUGAUCCAACGGGUAAAGCAAGGAGAAGAACACUAGACUCUAGAUUCGAAGAGUUAUCAUCUACAAAUGGAGUGCGGCCAAAAACAUUAGAGAAGAUGCCAAUGAAUAUGAGAAAAGGAAUGAUUAAAAAACGUAAUGAGAAAAUAUCGAAAUAUGAAAAAGAAGCAAAAGAUGCUGGUAUUGUGAUAUCAAAAGUUCGUAAAGGUGAAUUAAGAGAUUUAAGUGCUGGUAGAGGAUCUACCUCAUCCAGUGAUAGACUUGGCAGUGGUAAGAAAAUUAAAAAGACAAAUAGAGAUAAAGGUUUAAAAAUACAUGGAAUUGGUAAAUCAACCCGAAAUGGUUUAGUCAUUUCUCAAAAUGAUAUAACUAGAAUAAAUAGUAAUAAAAAGUAUAAUCGAAGGUAA